AUGGAUCCGGAGCGCAAACACAACCGCAAACCCUUUGUGGGUGGUAAUUUUAAAAUGAAUGGUUCUCGAGCUAUGCUUAAGGAGAUAAUAGAUAGGUUGAAUACAUUAGAGCUUAAAAAUCAUGUUGAAGUGGUAAUCUCCCCACCUACACUAUAUAUCGAUCAGGCCCAUAAGUCAGUUCGUGAGGGCAUUAGCAUUGCUGCUCAGAAUGCCUUUAAUUGCACUAAAGGAGCUUACACUGGUGAGAUCAGCCCUGAACAAUUGAAAGACGUUGGCGUUGAUUGGGUAAUCUUGGGCCACUCGGAACGUCGGGAGAUUUUUAAAGAGGCUGAUGAUUUUGUUGCAUCUAAAGUAGCACACGCUUUGAAAUGUGAUUUGAAAGUGAUAGCCUGUAUUGGAGAAAAAUUGGAGGAACGAGAGGCUAACAAAACCGAAGAAGUUGUUAUCAGACAACUUCAAGCUAUAGCUAAAAAUAUUGAUGAUGAGAAAAAAUGGGAAAUUGUUGUGAUUGCUUAUGAACCUGUUUGGGCUAUUGGUACAGGAAAAGUAGCAACACCAGAACAAGCUCAGGAAGUUCAUGUUAUUAUUCGAAAAUGGUUAGCAGAAAACGUAUCUGAAAAAGUUGCCCAAGAGACACGUAUUAUUUACGGAGGUUCCGUUAAUGAUGCGAAUUCUCCAGAACUCGCGAAACAACUUGAUAUUGAUGGAUUUCUUGUCGGUGGUGCUUCCUUAACAGAAAAGUUCAUUAAAAUUAUCGAAUGCUUCAUUCCUCCAGAAGAUAGAAAAUCAAAAUAG